UUUAUGAAUUGCAUCUUAAUUUUUUGUAAAAGCCUGUGGCAACGCACGGGCGUUAUACUAGUCAAGUAGUACUAUUUGUGUAGAUUUGGUAUUAGAGAUUCACUAUGUGAUUGAUUCCUUCCCAUAAAUACAUUACUAAAUAUACUGAAGAUUGAUCUGCCUGAUUUUAUGUAGAUUUGGCAGAUAAAACCUGAAUUAAAUAGAUCUGUGGGCUAAAAACCAGUUUAAGUAAAUUGAUGGAAUAGAAAAAAUUGAUGAGAACGGUUUUAUUGAAGUGGAGGCGAUCUUACCAACUUCUUUUUUAGAGUAGAGAUUAUCAGGGCACAUUGUACAAGCAAUCAGCCUCAAAUAUAGUACUCCCUCUGUCUCAUAAUAUAAAAACGUUUUUGUCAACUCCCUCCGUCUCAUAAUAUAAGAGCGCUCUUAUAUUAUGGGACGGAGGGACUAGUACUAGGCGAGCUCAAGAAAAGCGCACCGUGCCUGAAAAUCCACCCUGUAAAUCAUUGGUCAGCUAAUCUAUGGCAAUCAGACUACUCUUAUGCAAAGGCCAAUUUCUUCCCUAAGCGCCGGCCAUGGUUUUUACCAACGCUGUUCGUCGGUUGCGAACGUUUUGGGCUUACCGCAGAUUGUGCUGGAAGUAUGUUUGUCGAAGAGACGACUUUUUCUUACUUAGACUCUGUCGCAUGCAAAAAAACAAAACACACACACACACACACUAACAACCCGUCCUGUUCGUGUGCAACGUAGUGCUUAUCCAUAGUCCCUUCUGCAACGCAAAGCCCUAUUCUAUUGCUUCCUGGGCUGACUUCACUCCGAGCUCUCAUAUAUAGCUCCACCCAUAUAACCGUCAUCGAAGGCACCGGCGUGGCACCAGCACCAUUGCUCCCGAGCACGAAUUCCUUCUCCAAUGGCCGCUCCAGCUGGGGUCCUUCUCCUUUGCCUCCUCGUCUUAUCCGGUCCGCCGUAUGCCGCCGUCGCCGCCGGCGAGAAGGCGACCGUGUCGGUGAGGGCGGUGACGGCCAUCUCCCACACCGACGACGACUUCAUCUGCGCGACGCUCGACUGGUGGCCCAGGGACAAGUGCAACUACGGCAUGUGCCCCUGGCACAACUCCUCCAUCAUCAACCUGGAUCUCUACAGCCCUAUCCUGUACAAUGCUGUCAAAGCCUUCAACUCGUUGCGGAUUAGGCUUGGAGGAUCGCUGCAGGACCAGAUCACGUACAAGGUUGGCAAGCACUACGCCGACUGCCCCAGCUUCCGGCGAAACGACGACCGCCUCUUCGGCUUCACCGACGGCUGCCUCGCCAUGAACCGCUGGGACGAGCUCAACAUCUUCUUCCGCCGAACCAACACGACGGUGACGUUCGGGCUGAACGCGCUGAGGGGCCGGCGCAAGGCCGCCGAGAACGGCAGCACGCUCCACGUCGGCGGCUGGGACGGCCGCAACGCGCGCGACCUGAUGCGCUACACCGUGAGCAAGGGCUACCGCGUGGAGUCGUGGGAGCUGGGAAACGAGCUGUGCGCCGGCGGUGUGGAGGCCAAGGUGAAGGCGGCGCAGUACGGGAAGGACGUGCUCCGCCUCAGGAGGAUGGUGGAGAAGGUGUACAACGGCACCGGCCACCUCCCCAAGGUCCUCGCGCCGGGGGGCUUCUACGACGGGCCCUGGUUCUCCGAGAUGCUGCGCGUCUCCGGCCCGGGCGUCGUCGACGGCGUCACGCACCACAUCUACAACCUCGGCUCCGGGAAGGACAAGGAGCUGAUCAACAAGAUGCAGGACCCGUACUACCUGGACAAGGUGGCGCAGACGUUCAGCGACAUGGAGGCGACGGUGCGGGAGUCCGGGCCGUGGAGCUCGGCGUGGGUGGGCGAGUCCGGCGGCGCGUACAACAGCGGCGGAAAGGACGUGUCGGACAGGUUCGCCAACAGCUUCUGGUACCUGGACCAGCUGGGGAUGUCGGCCGUGUUCGGCACCAAGGUGUACUGCCGGCAGGCCCUCGUCGGCGGGAACUACUGCCUCCUCAACACCACCACGCUCGCCCCCAACCCGGACUACUACAGCGCGCUGCUCUGGCACCGGCUCAUGGGCCCGGGGGUCCUCCAGACCACCGCCGCCGCCGGCUCGCCGUACCUCCGCUCCUACGCGCACUGCUCCAAGAAGCAGCCAGGCGUGACGGUGCUCCUCAUCAACCUGUCCAACUCGACGGCGUUCGACGUGACGGUGGCCGGCGACAUGGACCUGCACCCGCCGCCGCGGAGGUUGCUGCAGGCGGAAGCCGGCGGCGGAAAGGAGGCGGUGUGCGGCGGGCGGAGGGAGGAAUACCACCUGAGCCCAGAGGGCGGCGACAUCCAGAGCCAGGUGGUGCUGCUCAACGGGGAGCCGCUCGCGCUCGGCCCGUGCGGCCAGAUCCCCGAGCUGCGGCCGGCGAUCGCCAUCGACGAGUGCACGCCGGUGCACGUCGAGCCCCACUCCAUCGCGUUCGUCAGGUUCACCGGCUUCAAGGCUCCUGCCUGCGCGUGAUAGAAGCGACGAGGUUCCAUUUGUAUUUGUGAAGUACAGUAGUUAGGAUUAGGA